GUCAAGUCUGAUCGUAGUAAUCGUCGAGUAUCGACCUGCUAAUAAUCGAAAUUUCAAACGUCUAGUCAAAGAUGAAGAUUUACGUUCUUGUGUCUUUAAUACUCGUUGCAGUGGCGGUUAUCUCGGCUGCUCCAUACGAUUCAAGAGACGAAAUUGAGCUAUUCGAAGAAAUUGCCGAAGAGGUAGGGGAACGUGCUACUAGACAGAGAAGAGUGACUUGUGACCUUUUAUCUGCCGGUGGUUUCGUUGGUGACACUGCCUGUGCUGCCAAUUGUUUAAGUAUGGGUAAAGCAGGUGGACAUUGCAAUGGUAGCGGUGUUUGUGUCUGUCGACGAGAUUCUUUCAAAGACUUAUUCAACAAACGUUUCGGCUAAUGUUAAAAAAAAGAAAAAGAUUAUUAUCACCGAAAUGACUACUACUUAUAACACGAAUUAUACUAUUUUAUAACCGUUAAUUUUUGUACGUACAAGAUAAUAAAACAGUUGCUGCAAUAAAAAA